CCAGGACUCAAACCCAGUCUAGAAGCCAUGCGCACCUUGUUCCCCUCGCCCUUCCCCUGUGUGACUGAGACAUUGUGGUUUAAUCUGGAUCGACCCUGUGUGGAGGAGACAGGGCUGCAGCAGCAGGAACAGCAGCAUCAGGCCUGGCACUGUGUUGACGAGGAAGAUGAAGAUGAGGAUGAAGAUGGUGAAGAGGACUCAGAGGUUGAUGGGGACGCGCAGGGCAUGGAUGAGACGAAUGUCUACAAUGAGUCACCCGAUGAUGGAGAGGUCAGUGAGGUGGACAUGGAAGGCAGCUCACAGGAUCAGGACCACUGGAUGAUCUAG